AUGAUACACCACAUACAAGCCAUUAUACGUUGGAAGCGCUUCAUGCGCUCAGGGUCAUGGGAGGACCUGGAAGAGGCCAUCAAGUUGUACCGAGUCGCCCUUGACCUUCGACCCAAAGGCCACCCUUGUCAUUCUAUAUCCCUAAACCGUCUUGCACUUUCCCUGCGGUCUCGAUUCUUACAAUAUGGAAGAAUCGAGGACCUUGAGGAGUCAGUUACCUUGCACCGAGACGCGUUGGAGCUUCGCCCCGAAGUCCAUCCGAAUCGUCCCAAUUCCCUAAACAAUCUUGCAUCUUCCCUACAGACCCGAUUCUUGCAAUACGGAAGGACCGAGGACCUUGAAGAGGUAAUCAAGUUAUACCGAGACGCGUUGGCGCUUCGCCCUGAAGGCCAUCCGGAUCGUUCUAUGUCUCUAAAUAAUCUUGCAUCUUCUCUACAGACUCGAUUCUUACAAUACGGGAGACCUGAAGACCUUGAGGAGUCAGUCAGGUUGCACCGAGAUGCGCUGGCGCUUCGUCCUGAAGGCCAUCCGGAGCGUUCUUCGUCUCUGAAUAACCUUGCAUCGUCCCUUCAGACUCGAUUCUCGCAAUAUGGAAAGACCGAGGACCUUGAGGAGGUAGGCAGGUUACACCGAGACGCGUUAGAGCUUCGCACCGAAGGCCAUCCGAAUCGUCAUAAUUCUCUGAACAACCUUGCACUUUCUCUGCAGACCCGAUUCUUGCAAGAUGGAAGGUCCGAGGACCUUGAGGAGGUAAUCAAGUUGCAUCGUGACGCGUUGGAGCUUCGCCCUGGGAGCCAUCCGAGUCGUUCUAUGUCUCUAAACAAUCUUGCAUCUUCCCUGCAUCUUCGAUUCUUGCGAUGUGGGAGGUCAGAGGACCUGGAGGAGGUGGUUAAGUUGCUCCGAGACGCGUUGAAGCUUCGUCCUGAAGGCCAUCCAGAUCGUUCUAUGUCUCUGAAUAACCUUGCGUCAUCCCUGCGGACUCGAUUCUCGCAAUUCGGAAGAAUUGCGGACCUUGAGGAGUCAGUCAAGUUGCACCGAGAUGCGUUGGAGCUUCGUCCUGAAGGCCAUCCGGGUCGUUCUAUGUCUCUGAGCAAUCUCGCACUUUCCCUGGAGACGCAAUUCUCACAAUAUGGAAGGAUCGAUGACCUCGAGGAGUCGGUCAAGUUGCACCGAGGUGCUCUGGGCCUUCGUCCUGAAGGCCACCCAGAUCGCUUUACGUCGUUGAACAAUCUCGCAUCUUCUCUGUCGACUCGAUUCUCACAAUAUGAAAGGACCGAGGACCUUGAGGAGUCAGUCAAGUUGCAUCGAGACGCUCUGAAGCUUUGCCCUGAAGGUCAUCCGAAUCGUUCUAAUUCUCUUAACAAUCUCGCGCUUUGCCUGGAGACUCGAUUUUCGCAAUAUGAAAGGAUUGAAGACCUUGAGGAGUCAGUCAAGCUACACCGAGGUGCUCUGGAGCUUCGCCCAGAAGGUCAUCCUUUCCGGUCGUCAUCACUGAGGAACCUUGCAGACUCUUUAUAUACUCGGGUGAAGCGGCGAUGGUGUAUGAAGGAAUUCGAAGAGUGUAUGCUUCUAUUGGAGCUCGCUGCUACUGAUAGAUUCUCGGGAACAUUAGUGCGCCUUCUUGCCGCGCAACGAUGGGCAGAAGUAGCACGAUUGCACAAUCACGACACAGCAUUUGCAGCUUACAAAGCGACAAUAUCGCUACUUCAACAUGCUCUCAUCAUAACCCCGACUCUCCGCGAACAACACGACUUCCUCAUUGGGAAGAAUGACCGCAGAGUGCUCACCUUGGAGGCGGCUUCCUAUGCGAUAGAGAAAAACCAACUGAAGCAAGCUGUGGAAAUACUCGAGCAAGGAAGGGGCUUACUUUGGUCACAGCUGCGCGGUUUCAGGACGCCUCUAGAUCGACUUGCAGAAAAGAACAGAGAACUCGCCGACAGAUUCAGGGAUGUUAGCCGUCGUCUGGAGAAUCUUGCAACAUCGCACGAAGCACUGCUUUCCAAGGAGCAGGAGGAAGUUAUUAACGAAAUUCGACGAGUUCCGGGCUUCGAGAACUUCCUUGGAGCUACACCGUUUAAGCUACUACAACAAGCAGCGCCCGAGGGACCGAUCAUCAUAGUCAACCACUGCGAAUAUCGCUCCGAUGCCCUCAUUAUCCUCUUUCGUGAUGUUUCACCCGUAGUUUGCAUUCCCUUGGACGACGAAUUCUAUAAUGAUAGCAUUACGCUGUGCAACGAACUCGUAGACACGCGUCAACGGCUCAAAUCGGAUCCGCUUGAAUAUGACGUCAAGCUCCGUGAAGCUAUGAAGUUGUUGUGGGAUAGAGUUGUUUCCAAAGUCACUGAAAAACUCGAGGAACUUGGGAUCAUUAAAGGGUCGCGCAUUUGGUGGUGUCCUACAUCUGUCUUAUCUACGCUCCCGUUUCAUGCGGCAGGACCAUUCGAGGAUGCAGAUGGUACCACUAGAUAUUUAUUAGACAUUUUUGUUUCGUCAUACACCCCGACCCUCGGCGCUCUCAUUCAUGCCCAAUCUAAUAGCAGCACCAGUGAACCCAAAUUGCUCGUCAUCGCGGAUACUGUUUCGCUCCAUUCGACUCGACAGGAAGUCCGGAACAUCCGGAACUGUAUGGGCAGCGACAGUCCUGGGACUACAAUACUCCUCGAUCGCAGGGCGUCUCGGCGUACGGUGAUGAAAAAUCUUCGGAAGGUUACAUGGGUUCAUUUCGCUUGCCACGGUCACUUGGACCCGAAGCCCUUUGACUCCUCAUUCAAGCUCGCCGAUCGGGAUUUGACGUUGCUCGACGUUGUUCAAGCUAAUGUUCCAAACGCCGAGUUUGCGUUCUUAUCUGCCUGCCAUACGGCCGAGUUGUCCCGUUCUGGUGCACACGACGAAGCUCUUCAUCUCUCAGCAGCUAUGCAAUUCAGUGGGUUCAGAAGCGUGAUCGGGACGAUGUGGGAGCUUUACGACGAGGAUGGACCUUUCUUUACUCGAGUGGUUUAUGAAUACAUGAACAGAUAUGAAGAUGGCGAAGUGAAGCAUAAGAGGGCGGCUGCCGGACUUCGGGAAGCGGCCUUGAAGUUGAAGGCGAAGGAUGGGAUUCCGACUGAACGAUGGGUUAAUUUCGUGCAUAUAGGUGCUUGA